AUGCCGAAAGACAAGAAAAAGGAUGAGCCCAAUACUGAGCUUGACCAUGUCGACCGGAACCUGACGUCACUGAACGGCAUUCCACGUCUUUUUGAAAUGACGUAUCUAACAAGACUGACGUUGAGUCACAACAAGCUCACCGCUAUUCCACCGAAUAUCGCGGAUUUGGAAAAUCUUCAGGUUAGAAUGAAUCGACUUUCUGUUCUGCCACGAGGAUUUGGUUCAUUCAAAUCGCUUGAAAUUCUGGACUUGACCUAUAACAAUCUAAACGAAAGAAGCCUUCCUGGAAACUUCUUCUUCAUCGAUACUCUAAGGGCACUCUACUUGGGCGACAAUGAUUUUGAGAUGUUACCUGGUGAUGUGAUGAAUCUUCGUAAUCUCCAGAUUUUGGUUAUGCGUGACAACGACUUGCUGACUAUUCCACGAGAAAUUGGACAUCUCACCAACCUGAAAGAGUUACAUAUUCAAGGUAAUCGUCUCACCGUGCUACCACCAGAGGUUGGAGCGCUUGAUUUGAUUGGAAAUAAGCAAGUGCUCAGGCUCGAGCACAACCCUUGGGUGCCAAGCAUUCAGGAGCAGUUCGAUGCCAGAGGUGCCCAAGGAGUCAUGGAUUUCAUACGCAGUGAGCAGUACAAGUACUUCUAUGGACGUCAGGAAGUCAUAACGGGUCCUGUGCCACCAAAACGAAACAAGGACAGGAAGCUCUCACGAAAGCAGCAGCAUCAAUCGCAAUGCGCAUAG